CCACCACCACCACCACCACCUUCUGGAGGUCUACCACCUCCUCCAGGUGGGGCUGGUCCUCCACCUCCGCCUCCCCCAGGUGGAGCAGGACUUCCUCCACCUCCGCUUCUUGGUCCAGCUAAACCACUUUUUGUUCCCGGACCUCCUAUUGUGGAACUACCUGAUUACUUAAAAGAGAAAAAAAAACAUGAUAUAGGCAUUCCAUUGAAAAAAAUUCCUUGGACUGCGGCCACUAUAAAACCAAAGGAAAUACAGAAGGACUCAUUCUGGGCACAUACGUGUGAAGAUAAGCUACCCACUGCUGGGCUACUUGAUGCUAUUAAAAUCCGAUUCGCAAUGAGGCAAGUUUUGAUAGGUUGGAAUCCAGUUAAACCUCCUGCACCUGGCGCAGAAAAAGCGGCUGCAAAACCCGGAUUACAGAUGAAAAAAGUGAAAAAGCCGUUGAUUAUUCAAGACGAGAAAAUUCUUCAAGCUCUAGCAAUUUUGCGAGGUUCCUGCAAGAUUCCUGCACGAGAAUGGAAGAGAGCCAUAUUAGAAGUGGAUGAAAAAACUUUAGAUCCUAACACAUUGCAGCAGCUACGUAAUGCACUACCUCCAGUGGAACUUUUGAACCAGUUAAAAGAGGUUGCAGGAACUAGUCUUGAGGAGAUGCCUGAAGGAGAGCAGUUUGCUGCAACAUUUUCUGUAAUCAGAGCAUUGCCGGCGCGCUUGGACUGCAUUCUUUUCAAACUACGGUUUACUGAAUUACUGAACGAUCAGAAGUCGAGCAUUUCUGCUGUCAUCGAGGCAUGCGAUGAAAUCCAUACUUCAUCAGGUUUCAAGCUGUUUCUGGAAUUGGUGUUGUUAGUUGGUAAUUAUAUGGGACAGUCUGCGAAGUCAUAUAAGGACGUCUUUGGUUUUGAAAUGAGUGUAUUGACAAAGUUGGUUGAUACAAAGGAUGUUGACAAUGUUGAAACAUUACUGCAUUUACUGGUGAAACAAAUGAUGGAAAUAAAAGGUGGUUAUUCGCAGUUCCCGAUGAACGAUUUUAUGCACAUUGUAAAAGCCUCCAGAGUGAAUCCAGAAGAAACAGCUAAAGGGGUAACAGCAAUAAAGUCAUCUGUGGCGAAACUGGAAAAUCAGCUGAGAGAUUACAAGAAGCAGAGUGAAAAUGACUUAUUCGUUGAGAAACUUCAACCGUUUACAAACAUGGCCAAAACUGAGUGUGGCAUUGUUGAAGAAAUGUUUAAUACUAUGAAUUCGAAGUGGAAAAGUAUGCAGAAUUACUUCGCAUUUGACGCUAAAAAGUAUAAUAUGGAGGCAUUCUUUGGUGAUAUGCGAACAUUCAAGGAGCAGUAUGAAAGUGCUUAUCGUGACAUUGAAAAAGCAAGAGAGAAGAGGGAAUUGGAAGAAAAAAGAAAAAAUCGUCAGCCACUUAAACCUCUUCAAGCAUCUGGUGCAGCUGCGUCGCUGGUGAAGACUAGUGGAGUUAGAAUUGAGGGCCUUCUUAAGACAGGCAGAGAAGCUGCGGGUGUUGUUGAUGAGAUUGAGAAAUUCCUGGAAGGUGGAUACUUGAAAGGUGCGGAGAGGAAGACUCCUCGGAAUACUCCACGUACGAGAGCAGGUCAGUUAGCACGCGUUCGGCGGCAUGUGAAGAGAAAAGGUCGAGCUGCGCUUCAGCGACAGCGUUCUCGAGUUGCAGAUACAUUCUUGUCAGUACCUAGUGAGAGAACCCCAAAGCUGGAUUUACCGGCAACUGGUACAGUACGUGUCCGCCGUAAAGGCCAACCAACUUUGAUAAUGGAUGUUGAAAACCUUUCUAAUGGUAGAAGGGAAAACGAAAAACCGAGGAAGGCUCUUGAAACCACUGAUUUGUUACAGAGGCUUAAUCAACUGUGA